CUGAGCUCCACAGCGGUGUGCACAGCCUCUCCCGAAAUGAAGUCCCUCAUCGCCUUCGUCGCCUUCGUCGCCCUCGCCCUCUCGUGCUCUCUCGCCGCACCGGGAGGGCAUGGGGGCUUUGGCCAUGGUGGACACGGCGGAUACGGACAUGGUGGCUUUGGGCAUGGUGGCCACGGAGGCUAUGGCCACGGCGGGCACGGCGGACAUGGCAGCGGUUAUCAUGGCCAUGGAGGCUAUUCUCACAGCUUUUUCCGCCUCGGUUACGGGCACAGUGGCCACGGUGGGGCUGGCUUCCACGGAGGACACGGUGGACAUGGACAUGGUCACGGAGGCUUCGGUGGCCACGGUGGAUUCGGUGGAUAUGGCCACUAAAGCAAGAUGUUAGCAGGAUUUUUGAGACACGGAUGCACCUUUAUUGUAUGUCAAGACUCUCCUAACUUUAUUUAUAACUUUUGAUAAAAUAAAC